GCAACGCCACAAAAUAUAUUGACGACGAAACUAGUAAACAGUAACUAUGAGGAACUCUGCUUAGAUUUGGAAACCAAAGAAGAAAGAGAGAGACUAGACAAGAAUGGCGAGUUUCAUUCUUCAAGUGCCCAACAGCUUGAGGACCUUCUCUGUUUCUGCUUCUUCCAACGGGUCUCCUGGUCCUUCGAGCGGUAGGCCAGGGCCAGUGAUAGUGGAGCUUCCGAUGGAAAAGAUAAGGAGACCUCUCAUGCGAACCAGAGAAAACGACCCAAACAAGGUCAAGGAGCUCAUGGACAGCAUCAGUGAAAUUGGCCUCCAAGUCCCUAUUGAUGUGCUUGAGGUUGAUGGAGUCUAUUACGGCUUCUCUGGUUGCCAUCGCUAUGAAGCUCAUCAGCGUCUAGGCCUCCCUACAAUCCGUUGUAAAGUUCGCCGUGGGACAAAAGAAACUUUAAGGCAUCAUCUUCGAUGACGACUCUUACCAGAUUCUCCCAGAGGAACUCCAACCUAUUCCAAGUUAUCAAAUAUGUCAAUCUCUUUUGACCUAUUGAAAAUAAUAAACAGCCUACAAAAGUUUGUAUAUUAUUAAGUAUGUUAUUAAUGCUACUGAUUUAGAUUAAGUAAUUCUCUUAUUCUUCUCUGGGAAGCCUGAAUAGAAGUAUAAUACAAACCCUCUUAUUAAAAAUGGGUUAGAAAAAAAUACUAUCUGCAAGUAAAUAUUGUGUUAUUUGCCUUGGGGAAGGAUGUCCAGAAUUUUCUAGCUGCGUGGAUUUACCUUUUACUUUGGUCGUCU